AUGGAAGUAUCUAUUUGGGUACCUCUGCAAAGAAAGUUAGUUUGCUAUUUGACACUGCCUAGGAUGUAAGACAUGCGCUGGAUCCAACUACAAUAUUGGUAGCUCUUCAAAUUACAAACAAGCUUCUACUAGGGCUAGCUAUCAUUUCUAUGGAACCUCGGGCUGGCUUGGAUAUAACUCGACUGA